AGUCCGUGUUGUUUUUAGCAUGACGUCACUUAGCAUGUUAGCAUGUCGUUAGCGUGUCGUUAGCCUCGUGACUCUUGGACACGGAUCAUUUUUUCCUGUUUUAAAAACUGUUGAGAUAAACGCUCAUGGAGAUCGUUUGGGAAGAUCCUCCUGUUCCCGAAGGUCUUAUUUUCAGCAGGGAUCUUUAUGACAAAAUUGGAUUUGGCCCCACCAUUCAAGAGCUGUGGAGCUUCCUACAGAGCUCAGACAAUAACAGCCCUGCCAAAGAAAGCAGCAGCGUUCACACUCAGAGCACUCCUGCAGAAGAGCAUGGACAGAACAACAGCGUCAGAGAGGAGAGCAGCUGGAACAGCUGUGAUUCUGAGGACUCCACCAUGGAAACUGAAGACUCUAAAACCGUGACGGAACCUGAUAAAACGAACCAAAAGGGCAAAGUUCCAUUUCCAGAGCCCCGAGUCCCGUACCCCUGUUUGUCUGCGCUGUCCAAAACCGAGCAGAGGAAGUGUCUCAACUUUCUGUUCAGUCGCAAGAAGGAGGUCCCUCUCUCACAGGUCAUAUUGACUAAAGUUAAUAAUGAAAUAGCGCAGUUUAUGAAGUAUCUGCAAGAUGUGUCCAGAAUCUGCGCUGAAGACUACAAUGUCAUUUCCCAGGCAGCUCGGCAGUAUUCUGAGGAGGUUUUCCGCAGCAGUUUGGAACACAUAAAGGCCCUUCCUCCGUCCUACCAGAUCCACGAGCUGACCAGUCUGACCGGGGGCAAGUUUAACCCAGAGCUCAGUCUAAGAUUUGAAAAGCAGCUUCUCCACAUGGGCAGUGUGGAUGUUGCACACGACAGGCCACUGAACACUGGGGCUCAGCUUGCAUCGGAUUAUCAGACUGUUUCAUCACUUUGUCCUCCAGCUAAAAAAGCAAAGGAGCUGCACGCUUCCGUCAGCAGUGACACAAACGCAGCCAGACUCUGCAGCGGCUACGAGCCUCACGUGUGUCUGACCCACGAGGCCUUAGUGCAGCUCCUCAACAACCACGGCCCCGACUUCAGAGACGAGUGGGAGCUGCCCGUCCUCAUCAAAACCAGCCCCUCUACAGACAAAAGUCCAAAGAAAACGGUGUACAUCGACUCUCCGCUGCUGAAGACGGAGGUGACGGUGCGAGAGCGGAGCCACAUUUAUCACGAAGAGUCUCUGAAGCUGUUCAUCAGUAAAGCCUCCACCACGAGCGUGUCUGAAUUGAUGACAGAACUCCCCCCCAGCGGGCAACCUGCACUCGAGAGGAUCUCGGCCCCUUCAAACACUGACAGCCUUGACUUUGACGUGGACUUGAGUGAUCUGGAAACUUUUGGAGAGACUACAUCAAGUAAAAUGCCUAUAAAACAGACGAAGACAGAAGACGGUUCAGGUGUUAAAAGCGAAAAGAUCACGGAUCAGACCAGAAGUUCGGGUAAAAAGGAAAGCAGGAUUUUAAAGGAGGACGUGAAGAACGCAGAGUCUCAUUCUGUUAAAACCAGAACCCCUCAGAGCAAAAACAGUGACCAGGAAAGCAACAGCAGUUUGUUAAUUGGAGAUUCAGACGAUGACAAGUUAAUUAUCGAGCUCUCUAAAAGUCCAGAGUUCAGUUCUCCCACAUCAAGGAGCCAACGGAAGAGGAAAACGAGCUCUUCUGAGGAUCAGCUGGGUCAGAUUCUCCAAAUGCAAACCGCCAUGUUCACUUCAAACCCCAGCGACGGCGCCAAGUCCUCAAACGCGCCGCAAGAAACCAGCCCUGCGUCCAAACAGCCCGGCCCCUCCCAGCCCCACGCGACCUCUCUGGUGAAGGCCUGCGUGUCCUCGUAUCUGGAGAGGAACCCAAACCAGGAGGAAGAGACCGGAGAUGUGCUCCACGCUGCUGCUACUCCAACAAAGUCCACCGAGCUUAAAAAACUCUUGUCCCAGGAUCUGCAAGAAGCCGCCGAAGACGAGUCCGAUUACGAGCGUCCAGACGAGGGGAAUCUCCUCUACAAACUCUACAGCCUGGACGAGCUGCUGCUGCUGGUGCGGACGUCCGUCUCCCUCGGACGCGACCGGAAACAGGACAGCCAAAAAAACCAGUGCGUGCCUUUGAAAAUCCUGCCGAAGCUCGAGUACCAGUUGACUUACGGCGUGGAAUGCCUGAGCAGCAGUGAGGCGUGCCGGCUCUGGACUGAAAGAUUACUUCAUUCAAGCACAGAGUUUUUCGUCGCUCACAUCGAUGCCCUCACAUCCAGACUGGCACUGCUGAGGAAGCUGCCAGACGACUGGAUACACAACGUCUCCUGUGGCUUCAAGCCUGCAAAGUCUCUCAACAUCCUUCAUCAUCUUCUGCAGAAGUUAACUGGGUUAGAUGAAGGGCAGUACCUGCUCCGGCACAAGGUUGGAGAGCCGUUUGUGAACAUACUGAAGGCCGCUCAGGGCAAUGGCAGACCGGGCGUCUAUAACCUGCAGCAGGUCCACGGCCCCGUCCCCCAGCCCCCCGCCAACGCGCCCGCUCCCUGGGUACCCCUGGACCCAUCAGUCUGCCUGCCCUUCCACCGCAAACAUGGCCGAGUUCCCUGCACCUUUCCCCCUCAAGAAUUCACGCCGCCCCAAAAAGGAGUGACCCUACCACGCCCUUUCAACUGGAACAACAGAGGAGGAGGAGGAGGACCACCUGGAGGCAAGAAACGCAAAAAGAAGAAGUCAAAGAACAAACACACUCCCAACUUUAAAAGAUGAGAACAGAAAACUCUUUUCUUUGUUUACAGUGACUCAGGUUAAAACUUAUUCCCCAGUGGCAUCGUUUAUGUAGAGCUCUAAAUGUAAAUAUGACUGUGUGUUUUCUGUAAAUAGUAAUUAAAUAUAAAACUCUUUUGAACAAAUAAAAUGUUAAAUAUUUGAACACUUUCA